AUGGCAUCAGCACUUUCUUCUUCCUCUGUUAAUGGUCCGCUAGUUGGAGGAAUAAUUGAAAUCAAAGAUGUGAAAACAAACAAACACGUACAAGAAUUAGGGGAAUAUUCAGUUAAUGAAUAUAAUCGGAAAUUCAAGAAGGGAUUGGCAUUCAAAGAAGUUAUUCAAGCCCAGAAACAAGUUGUUCAAAGAUUCAAAUACUAUAUGAAUGUUUCUGCAAUUGAGAAUGGAAAGCUUAACUUGUACGAUGCUGUCGUUGUUGUCCAAGCUUGGAUAACGCCUUCGAAUGAGCUUAUUAGUUUUAACAUUUUUUUGGUUAAAUAG